CAAUUAGACUGGAUCGGUUUUGCCAAUUCUCACCACUCAAAAAUCUCGCGACGCCCUAACAGACUGGAUUGAUGAUGAUUGUUUAGUUCACUUCCGAGAAAAGACCCGGAAAAAAUCUCCCUCGGCUUAGCCUAGCGGCACGGUGGUGGUAACGCAACCGCUGUUAUCCCCCACGUUGCUAUCGUACCCUGUUCAACCCCACACAUUUUUCUCCUUUUCGUUUACGUUCCUGACCCCAAACAAUUACCUACCAGACCCCGCGGUGGGAAGAGGGGGCUCUUUAUAUAACAAGGACGAGAGUUCCCCUUCGUUUUCGGUUAUCCGAGCAGGAUUGAGGUUGAAGCCUAGAAGUCAAGUCUUAAAUAUGUCUACUUCAUCUCCUCGCAAAGCUUUAAACAUCAAGAACAUCAACCCUCACAUCCUCAAAGCUCAGUAUGCCGUCCGUGGCGAGCUUGCCCAACGUUCCGAAGUGUGCCGCCAACAACUUGCUGCCGGCGACGCCAAACUACCUUUCGAUUCUGUCAUUUCAGCAAACAUUGGAAACCCGCAGCAGCUGGGCCAAAAACCCAUUACCUUUUUCCGAUGUUCGAGAGAGAGCGAGGGUUCUCCUGAAGGAGGCGGAGCGUUGCAAAGUUUAUUGAAGCUCGUGACGGACACCCCGCGGACCCUCGCGAUAUCUUCUUGACAGCCGGAGCCUCCUCUGGGGUCAACACCCUUUUAAACACCAUCUGCUCGCAUCCCGCCACCGGGGUGUUGAUUCCAAUCCCCCAAUAUCCGCUUUACACCGCUACUCUUGCUCUCCUCAACGCCACUCCGGUCCCUUAUUUUUUGGACGAAGCUACUGCAUGGUCCACCGAUGCCAAACAGAUUCGCUCCGAGAUUUCAAAGGCCAAGGCAGCUGCUAUUGAUCUUAAAUGCCUCGUUGUAAUCAACCCGGGAAAUCCAACCGGUGCUACACUUGCAGAGUCUGGGAUCGAAGAAGUCAUUGCCCUGGCUGCGGAAGAACACCUUGUUAUCAUCGCCGACGAAGUCUACCAAACCAAUGUCUACUCAGGCGAAUUUCAUUCCUUCAAGAAGGUUCUGCGUAACA